UUUUGCACCUCAUACACUGAAGUAACAACAGCAAAUUCAUCACACACAACAUGACCCUUGGCUUUGUUCUAAUUUUUUUCCUGUGUACGAGCACAGUCACAGUCCAGGCAGGUAUGUCCUCGACUGAAAAUUACUCGACAACCACAGCUACAACAUCAGGGUUAACAACAACAAUGAAGCUGGUUGCACUGAAUCUUAUGGCCACACCAGACUACCCAGUUGCUGCAGGUCAACGUGUCAAACUAUCAUGCAAUACAACAAACCCGUCACAAACCAUUACAUGGCAGAGGUAUCACCUUCAAAGUGAGACCUGGGAAAAUGUAAGCAUGGGUAAUGUACUGAUCCUCACCCAGCCUCAAGAAAGUGGCAAGUACCGGUGUGAGACCCACAAUACUUUGAAUGUAUUGAUCGUGAGCCAGAAUCAUAAUGUUUUCAUCGUCUCCAUACCAACAACAGGAGAGAAUAUAGGAAAAGCGGCUCUGGUCCUUUCUGUUCUGAUCUUGAUUGCCACCAUUGCUGGUGUUCUGUUGCUGUUUUGGAAAAGAUCUAAUGACGAUCUGAGCGCUUUGAACGCUCCAAAGAAAGAUGUUCCUGCACCAUCUGUAGUGAUCCCAAAGGUUUUGCCACCAAAGGAUGAUCCUGAUGGCGAUGUGUACAUGAACUACACAAGCACUACGCAAGCCUACUCUGACCUCAAUCCAGCCAACAUGACAGGGGAUGACUGUUACUCCACUCUGUCAUAAAAAAUUGGUUGCUGUAGUUACGCAGAGCUCUGCUGCGCUGUGUGAACUUACUUGUCGCAUUUUUCUGCAAUGUCAGUGUGGUGAAAAUGUUUUUGUUGAUUUCUUUUUCUUUUUAAACAGAUGUGCAGUCAUCUUCAAGCUGUCUUGCUCGGUUCGCGUUGCUUAAAAAAUCUGUAAUUAAUCUUAAAAUCCACAACAUGCACCUCAGAUAAAAAAGAAGUUUAUUAAAAGUUUCAGACGUACGAUUUUGUUUGCUUGCUUUUUAAGAUCCCUAUCUUUUUGGGAAGAAACGUGUGGGUACAACUUCACUGAUUUUAAAAUAGGUCUAAAUUGACAUCAUAGUUUACAGGAUUUACAACCCUUUCAGAUUUCUUCUGGAUUUGCUUUUUCAGAGUAUCAGAGUAUCUUUCUCUAUUAAAAUGUGUUUGAGGACCUGAAACAUAUAAGCCAAAGAAAUCAGUGGAGGAAAUGUUACAAUAUCAGAAGAGGGGAAAUAUUUCUGAAGCAAACUUAAUCAGGAAGCAUUUCAUUUUCACCUAUAUUUUAUCCAUAUAAUGCUUGUGAAAUACCUGCUCAUAGUUUGUCAAGGUUCUAAAUAACAAAUGUCAAGAUUCAAAAAAUUUAUC